GGCCUGUGCCUGCUGCGGCCGCCGGGGACGUCUUGGAAAGAUGUUGAACCACGAGGUCCGCUGCCGCCACGUCGGCGGCAGCGGAAACUUUUGCUGCGAGCUCUGCGGCAAGUGCUUUGAGACGGAGGAGCUGGCGUUGAGGCAUCAGGAUGUUACCGGUCACUUCGGCGAGAUCGUCUCCAGGGACGAGGUGAUCACCGUCCUGGAAGCGACCACUGCGAUGCCCGGCCUCCGACGACGGAAGUUCCUGCGACGUGGCCGAAGGUGA